CAUCAUAUCCCAGGCCACAUGAUCAAUUGUCUAGAGUUUUCUUCCAGCUACUAUUGGUCCAAAUAUGCAGAAUUGUCCAAGUUCAAAAAAUAGAACAAUAAACAGAUAACUCAAUUAUCACAAGUUAUAGAAUAAAUGCUCACUCAAAAAGCUUUACCUGACAAAAAGAGAUUCGAAAAUGAUAGAGCUAAGUGAUAGGAGGUGUUAAAGAGAAGAAUCUCCACUACCAAAACUAGUAUAAUAGAUGUCGAAUGACUGGCCAUGUCAAGUGAGAAGAGCCAUAAGAAACUAGAACUCGAACACAAGAGUCGUUCUCUGUUCAGUUUCAAACAACAUUCAAUGGCAUCACUUCAGUGUCAAAAACCAGUUGCAGAACAAACUGUCUGCCAGAAAACCACUACUGUCACUUGCCAAAAGGCGAAUGAGCACCACUCUUUGGCUGAUAAAAUGAAAGAGAUGACAAGCAAGAUGAUCCACCACGAGAAUCUUGGUCAGCAAUCUGCCUGCCAUGGUGCAAAAACUCAACAAUCAGCAUGCCAUGGCACCACUGCUAUGCAUGGCCACGGCGCCAAAACUCAAUAUUCAGCAGGCCAUGGCUCCACUGCUAUGCAUGGAGGUCAUGCUAACCAUGGCCAGCAGACUGCAUGCCAUGGCUCAAAGAAGGAAGGGGGUUUCAUGCAUAAGAUAGGUGAUCAGCUGAAGAACAUGAGGAGAAAGAAGAACAAAGAUGGACGCUGCAGAGAUGGCAGUGACAGCAGCAGCAGCAGUGAUGAAAGCGACAAUGAGAACUGUGCAAGGAACAAGAGGGAGAGCUGCUGAAGAAGUCAAGCUGCAACAAUAUCGUAAGAGAUAGAAGCUAUACCACUAAUGAACUUCUGUUGUUCAAUAACUAUGUACUGUGAUUAAGGGAGAGAGAGGAGUGCUAUGUGUGUGCCUGUGAGAGAGUGAGAUGUGCUACAUGAAAAAAUGCUAAUACUUCUAUAUACCUAUCAUCUAUGGUCUAUCCAGUAAUGAAAUAUGCUUAUGAGAUAA